CUCCCCCGAGGGCAGGGCAGGGCAGGCCGGGGGAGGGAGAGAGGGAGGGAAGGAAGGCGGCCGUCUAUCCGUCCGUCCGUCCAUCCAUCCAUCGGUCGUGCGGCUCCGUCCCCGGCUUUGUUGUGCUCGCCGCCCGGGCUGCGGGCUAGGGGGCGGGGAAGGGAAGGGAAAGGAAGGGAAGAGAAGGGAAGGGAAGGCGGCCGCGUCUCCUCCUCCUCGGCCCCGGCCCCGCUCAUGGCGACGCUGGGCACAUCCGGGCUUCUCCUCCUCCGGCGGCCGCCGCUGCCCUGAGCGCCCAGCCCGACUCCAUUAGCGCGUCCCCUCCCCCCGGCCGCCGUCCCGGCCCCAGAGGCAGGGGCAGCCCCGGGCCGGGCAGCGCCGAGCCCGAGCCGCGGCCGGGGCCAUGUCCAACCCGGGGGCCCGGAGGAACGGGCCCGUCAAGCUGCGACUGACAGUACUGUGUGCAAAAAACUUGGUGAAAAAGGACUUUUUCCGACUUCCUGAUCCAUUUGCUAAAGUUGUGGUGGACGGAUCUGGCCAAUGCCAUUCUACAGAUACUGUGAAGAAUACACUUGAUCCAAAAUGGAAUCAGCAUUAUGACCUAUAUAUUGGGAAGUCGGAUUCAAUAACAAUCAGCGUGUGGAAUCACAAGAAAAUUCAUAAAAAGCAGGGAGCUGGUUUUCUAGGUUGUGUGAGACUUCUUUCAAACGCAAUCAACCGCCUUAAAGACACUGGUUACCAGAGAUUGGAUCUGUGCAAACUUGGGCCAAAUGAUAAUGAUACUGUUAGAGGACAGAUAGUAGUAAGUCUUCAGUCCAGAGACCGAAUAGGCACAGGAGGACAAGUUGUGGAUUGCAGUCGUUUAUUUGAUAACGAUUUGCCAGAUGGGUGGGAGGAACGGAGAACUGCUUCUGGAAGGAUCCAGUAUUUAAAUCAUAUUACACGAACAACUCAGUGGGAACGACCAACACGGCCAGCAUCUGAAUACUCCAGUCCAGGCAGACCGCUGAGCUGUUUUGUGGAUGAGAACACUCCAAUUACGGGAACGAACGGUGCAACAUGCGGGCAGUCGUCAGAUCCCCGGCUGGCAGAGAGGAGAGUCAGGUCACAGAGGCACAGGAAUUACAUGAGCAGGACACACUUGCACACUCCUCCUGAUCUACCUGAAGGCUAUGAGCAAAGGACGACUCAGCAAGGUCAGGUCUAUUUUCUUCAUACUCAGACUGGUGUUAGCACGUGGCAUGACCCAAGAGUACCUAGGGAUCUUAGCAACAUCAAUUGUGAAGAGCUUGGUCCCCUGCCUCCUGGAUGGGAGAUCCGAAAUACAGCAACAGGCAGAGUUUAUUUUGUUGACCAUAACAACAGGACAACGCAGUUUACAGAUCCGCGGCUUUCUGCUAACUUGCAUUUAGUAUUAAACCGCCAGAAUCAACUUAAAGAUCAGCAGCACCAGCAGCAGCAGCAGGUAGUGUCCCUGUGUCAGCUUCCAGACGAGGCAGAGUGUCUCACUGUGCCAAGGUACAAGCGAGACCUGGUGCAGAAACUCAAGAUCCUGAGGCAAGAGCUGUCACAGCAGCAACCUCAAGCUGGCCAUUGUCGUAUUGAGGUCUCCAGGGAAGAGAUUUUUGAGGAAUCCUAUAGGCAAGUCAUGAAGAUGAGGCCAAAAGACCUGUGGAAACGAUUAAUGAUAAAAUUCCGUGGGGAGGAAGGCCUUGAUUAUGGAGGUGUUGCCAGGGAGUGGCUCUACCUAUUGUCACAUGAAAUGUUGAAUCCAUAUUACGGUCUCUUCCAAUAUUCCCGAGAUGAUAUCUACACGCUGCAAAUCAACCCAGACUCUGCAGUUAACCCGGAACACUUAUCAUAUUUCCAUUUUGUUGGACGGAUAAUGGGGAUGGCUGUAUUUCACGGACACUAUAUUGACGGGGGCUUCACGUUGCCUUUCUAUAAGCAGUUGCUAGGAAAGCCAAUUACUUUGGAUGAUAUGGAAUUGGUUGACCCUGAUCUUCAUAACAGCUUAGUUUGGAUACUUGAGAAUGAUAUCACAGGAGUCUUAGACCAUACAUUCUGUGUAGAACACAAUGCAUAUGGGGAAAUUAUUCAACAUGAACUGAAACCCAAUGGCAAAAGCAUCCCAGUGACAGAAGAAAACAAAAAGGAAUAUGUCAGGCUUUAUGUAAACUGGCGAUUUUUACGAGGAAUUGAAGCUCAGUUUCUGGCUCUACAGAAGGGAUUUAAUGAAGUAAUCCCACAACAUCUGCUGAAGACAUUUGAUGAGAAAGAGUUAGAGCUCAUCAUUUGUGGACUUGGAAAAAUCGAUGUUAAUGACUGGAAGGCAAAUACUAGGUUAAAACACUGUACACCAGACAGCAACAUUGUGAAAUGGUUCUGGAAAGCUGUGGAAUUCUUUGAUGAAGAAAGGAGAGCACGACUUCUCCAGUUUGUGACUGGCUCAUCCAGAGUGCCUCUGCAGGGCUUCAAGGCAUUGCAAGGUGCUGCAGGCCCACGACUAUUUACAAUACACCAGAUUGAUGCCAGCACUAACAAUUUGCCGAAAGCCCAUACCUGCUUUAACCGAAUAGACAUUCCUCCUUAUGAAAGCUAUGACAAGCUAUACGAGAAGCUGCUAACUGCCAUUGAAGAAACAUGUGGGUUUGCUGUGGAAUGACCCUUCCCAGGCUUACCUGAGACUCUAUUUAUACUCCUGUCAGCCGGAAAGCCCUUCCCUCGCCAAGACUCAAGAAAUGCUUGAAAUACAGGAAACUUUCCCUUUUCUACACUAGGACACUGUAAGGGAAAGAACAACUUUGGAAAUUUUUUUUUCUUCAAGAAAAUAGAUCCUGUGGUUCCUGCCACAGGAUCAUUCAGCUGCUAUUAAAAACUAAUAUCUUGAACAUACAGAAUGCUGACUUUUCCUACAUUUCAACAGUUAAGCAGUAUUCUAUACUUAAAGACUACUACUAUUUUUGUAAAAGGUAAUCUAUUAUAUUUGCCUACCUGAUUUCUAUUCUCAGAUACCAAGACACAACUUCAGCAGUCGGUACAAGUCAUGUUUCAGCCUGUUUUAAAUGUAUGAUAUUGAACAGCAUCUAUACCUGCUAUUUUUGAAAAAAAAAAAAAAAUAUUUUGGAUUAUUCUAACUUUGCAUAAAAUUGGCUGAAAGAAUCAUUAAUCUUUUUAAUUAAAGCCACUUACAUGUUAACUGCGUUUUCUUAUAGUAAAACAUUAUAUUCUGCAAUGUAAAUUCAACUUAAAUGUUACCACAGGGGGCUUUUUUCUAUAUUUUUUCAAGCAUGAAUUACAAAUAAUGAUGUUUUGGGGUCCUAUUUAUAUCACUUGUCAGAUUCCUUAAAAUUUCUAGUAUGAGUGACACAUACUGUAUUUGGCACAGUAUUUGUGUUAACAUGUGGAAUAGACCUUUUUUAAUGAACAGUAGACAUUUUGAUUUUUUAACAGCAUUUUUCUAACAAGUCUGUCAAGAGUAUUUUUUGUUGCUUUUGACUUUAAACACUGCAUUUUUCAACUUUUUUAGCAUGUUGAUGAGGUAAUAUUUGACAGCAGAAACCUGUUUGCAGUUCAUUUCAGAACCCAUCCUGUCCAGUCGACCAAAGUUUGUUUGAAUGCAGCCAAAUCACAUUAUAUCUUUAUUGCUAAAGAUUUAUCAGGUAAAACAUAUUUUAAUCUUUGUCUAGCUGCUCAUGACAUGUGGGUUUGUUACAACUAAGGAAAAAGGCGAUAAAAAAUGAUGUAUUAUCUGAAAUGUGUGAUGUGCUUUGAAAAUAAGGUUUCAAAAGCACAUAAUUUAUUGAUUGUAGGGAUGGAAGUAAGUAUAUAUAUGAAUUAUAACAUGGGUUGAUCUCUUCAGAGGGGAAUAAAAUGCACUACCAGUAGAGGGAACUGAAUUUUGAAGUAAGUUUGGGAAUUCUCAGUUAAGAUCUAUGUGAUCUGUUCAUGGCGUGUAGAUGAAUCAGUCUGCUUACUAGACAGUGGCAUUCUCCUAUUAGUGGUGAGAAUAUCUGGAAUAGGUAGCAUUUUUUUCCAGUGUUGUUUUUUAACAUGGGUUACAAUUGACCAUCAAAUCUGCACUAUUUUUUACACUGCCAAUAAGAAGAAAGUCAAGGGUACAGAAAAUGCUGAAAGAAUGGGAUGUGAACAGCUGUUCUGUUCUGCAGUGUAGGCCACACAGUGAACUAGCUCAUUUUCUAUUUGUUCUGUGGAGCUUGAACUUAAUUUUGUUCUGCCAAAUCUGACUGCCACAGUGAGUAAACUACUACUGGAUGUUGUGUAUUAGAAUAGUAGGCAACAGACUACUUUUUAGAAUUGUGGUAGGAAUCUGAUGAGCCAAAUCCACAUGUUCAUUUGAUUAUAUAUAUAUUUUUUGUACAGCUGUUGCUUCCCAGUUCUGGGCUGGCUGAAGAGGUGAGGCUACUUAGGGAUGUAAACUUAAAGCCAAGAAACUUGCUUUGACAGCCAGGUUUGACAUAUAUCAGACCCUUCUUUCUUAAUUUCAAGGGACUAUUGCACUCUUACAACGGCUGGUACCUUUGCUUAUGGUCAGAGUCCCUAAUUCGAGGCUUUCAGGUAAUAAUAUUACCAGAGAAGCUACCACUAUGUUUGUCCAGGUUGCCCGGGAGAGCAAAGUAGGAUGUUGCCUAGUGUGUUUUUAUUCGUUACUGCUGCCUGUGGUUGGGGACCACUGCUUUAGAUAUGCCCACAGACCUCUUCUCACCCCAAGUUUGGAGGUAUGACAUGAAUUACUCUUUACAGAGACUCUCUUUUUUUGACCACUGUUGACAGGAUUAAAGUCUCCACUGUUGUGUAAGGGUUUUCAUUCUGCUCUUGCUCAGGCUAUGGCUGCAGCCACCCUGAUCAUGGAAGCAAGAAAAUUCAGUUUGAUCCAGUCUUUGGGAGAUGUCAGGGCUCAGUUGGCAGUUCCAGGGAGAAGGUGUGCUGUUCCCUUUGCACCAGACAGCCCACCUCAGCACUAUUUAAAGACCGUGUCUCCUGACCACACCACCUGUACCCACCUCCUAGGAACCUUCUCCCUGUCAGCCUGCUUAGGCUGGUAAGUGUAUUGAGCACAUGGUUAUGGUCACCCUUACGACAAAAAAACAUUUCUGAGGAGGGGGGAGAUGAGCUCUGCAGAAUGGAGCGGAGAUCAGCUGAUAAAUACCAUUCAUUUUCACAGCAGCCUUAGCAGUACAUCUGUUUGUUCUACCAAACAUUUUGGUAUGGCAUAGAGAAUUUUUUAGUUGUCUCAGAUAAAUAUUGUAAAUUUAAUAUAUUAUAGGCAAAACUAGAUAAAGCUACAUCUGACUUCCCAUAACUGACAGAUGAGGUUGAAUAUACCAAGUAUUUUGAGUGCCUUUCUACCUUCAUGACUGAGAGCUUUAACUUAAAGCACCUCAUCACCUAGUCACGUUUAUCAGAAAAUGUUAAAAGGUUCAUUCCUUUGCAAAAUUUUGUUUCAAGGUCAUGUCAACUACUUUCCCCUCAAAAAGGUGCUAAGCCUAAUAUUGCAUUUUAACCUUGGACUUUCACCCCAUGAUUAAUGUGAAUAUUUAUUUCAUUGUGUCCCUCUUACUGGGUUUUACUUUAUCCAGUCUUUAGUUGUUUUAGAGAGAUGUCACAUCAUGGUUUUAUGCUGUUGCUUUUCAUUAUGAAUGUUUAAUUAUGAACAGUGACUUUUGUAGAUUUCAAAUAUACAGUACACAGUUGAGUUUCAGAGGAUUUAAUUUCUCGGUGUAAAGAGUUUUGUAAUGGUGCUUUGUACAGUAUGUAUUCUAAUUUUUUUGCACAUAGUUUCAGUUUCCCUAAACUGAUUUAUUUUUACCAAAUUUUUGUGUUGUACUAAAGUCCAGAGCACACAAGCUGUUUUUAAAUUCUUGUUCUACAACACUACAUCUGUAUUGAACUUCUGGUGCGUUUAAACUAGCUGCAUUGAUGGAAGUAAAAGCUUUGCUUCUAUAUCAUAAGUAUGCAUCAUACAGCUUAAUGUAGCAUGCUUCAGAUUUUAAACAGCACCAUAUAGUUAACAGGUGCCAUUUGUUGUACUUUACACUAUGUAGUAGGUUUCUGGCUCUACCACAUCCUCAGAGCUUUGUCUGUAGCUGUAAUUAGUUUAUACAAGUGUAAUUACUCCUCCACAAACUGACAGUUCUUAGUUUAUCAUUUCCAUUGUAUUUAUUACAGAGUGUUUUAGCAUUGAUAUCAUUGUAUUUUCACCCAGCUGUUACAUGAGCUUUAACAAAAAAAAUCUGUAUAAAAUGGUUUUUAAGUACUUAAUGUAUGUACCCAUGCAGAAGUUGAGCAAUAAAUUGUAUGCUGUUUGCACUGUCACAGCAUCAAUGGU